AUGUCGAUUUCGCGAAUUUGUGCUCUUCAGCAGUUUUAUUCUUCUGCGAAGCAUGUUGAUACGGACUUUCGCGGAACGGUUCUCGCUGGGCGUGUUUCACGGGCUUUUGCAGGUGUGUUUGCAGAUGAUGGCAAUUCAGGAAGUGGCAUCUCGAAUGAGAUUUUGAGUUCGGAAAUGCCUUCGAGGGCGUUUUCUAUCGAAUAG